GAAUCCUUUGCCCGUCCCAACAGGGACAAAUUACCUAAAAAAUAGUCAUCUGUGUAUUUAUGUUUUCUUUUGCAUUGUACAUUGCAAAAUACCACGAUUUUGGCCAUUUAUCCAAUCAUUUCGUCUUGAAGUUUUUAGUUAUUAAACUUUAACAACAGGGAUACAAAUAUACCUACCUACGGUGAUGAUAAAUCGAAGUAAAGCGCUUUAUUUCAAGGAAUAAGUGUGUAUUUUCUAAUCUCAAACUAUGAGCUCCAUUCAAGAGAGACUGCAGCUCAAGCGAGUGCCUCUGGAUACUUGGAACAUCAGGGAGCAGCUAUGCCUCGCCUCCGCAGUAGUCAGGAGUGGCGAUCAGAACUGGAUGUCCGUUUCUAGAGCGUUAAAAACCGUGGGGGAACCAAAUAGACCACCAGACUGGUAUUCACAGAAGAGUUGUGCAGCACAGUACGGAGCCCUGUUGGAACAUGUGGAGACACCAAAAAGAAAGAAAAGGAGCUCCGAGGGCGCAGUGGAAACUCCACAAGAGAGCAUCCUUAAACGCCUUACACAAGAAAGGAUCGUUGAGAUCCAGAAAACCCUUGCAGAAAUGAAUCAACAGUAUGACCAGUUGAAGACUGAAAUAACGGAGGUACGUAACCCGUCCACGAAUGAAGAUAGACUGAAAGAGCUAUGGUCGAACAUUGAGGCGGCGAAGCGUGCGAAAGAGAGAGAGAGUGCCCGUCGCGCUGCGUGGCUGAAAGAGAGGGAAGAGCGGCGCGCCCGCGCGGACAGGACUUGGAGACCUCCGCAAAGCACCACGCCGACCUUACCGGCAACCCCAGCACCCCCUUCUUCGCCGCUGCUAACGUCGUUACUGAAAUCUUCGCCAGUAGUGACAACACCGCAACACAUAUCACACCCGGCGAAUGUAGUCGAGACAGUUUCACCGUCCGCCACGGCUCCAACGUUGUCUAUGCUAUUGGAAAAGUCAGCAUCAUCCGGAACGGCUCAGCACGAGAGCAGACACGCUGCCAUAGAGCAUAUCAAGAGCCAAUUGGUGCAAAUAGAACAACAGCUAAUCGCCAGUACUAGUUCAUCCCCCGUACCGUCGGUACCUUUACCCCCCGCCCCGGCCCCGGCGGUUGACAUAGACGAUAUAGAGAUUAAAGCGGAGGAUGUCUAUGCCUUCAGAGACAUAGACAUACAUAUACCACCGGUCACCACUAUGCACAAACCUACCAAUAGGGGCGUAGAUAAGCAGUCGUUCAAGAAAGACGAUUCAGAACUACCGGCUAUAGUGGAAGAGACGCCAGCUCCAACAGAAGAAACGGUGAAGGAAGAACCAAUGUCAGUGGACGAUAUAUCGGAAGAAACUAUACAAACAGUGAGUGAAACGGUGCCAGAAGCGACUGUGGUUGAAGCGGAAGUGCCGCAAGUUGAACAACCGGCACCGGAAGUGAAGAUCUCCUUCCCUGAAGUGAAGUUCCCUACGCCGGAAAUCAAAGUUAUCCAGCCCGACGAGCAGAAGAUAAAAGAGGAAGUCAAAGAACCGGAAGUGGUGGUACCGGAACAGGAAGUAGUCCCGGAAGAACCGCCCGUCGAGGAAGCUCCGCCAGAGACAGGAGUGGAAGAACAGUGCAUAGUGCAGACCACGGAAGAAGUUGUGGAAGAGACUACCAAAGUUGUGGAAGAAGAGACGCCGGCGGAAGUGGAAGUGGAAGAGACUCCAUCCGUCCCACCGGAAGAGAUCCCCCUACCACCAGAAACUACGGAAACGGAAGUCGCAGCCGAGGAAUCCGUUGAAGAACUUCCUACAACCCAAGAAGUAGUUGUAGAAGAAGAAGAAUCGAAGAGCGAAGCAAAAGAAGAAGAGAAGCAACCGCCCGCAGAAGAACCGAGCACAGAACAGAACGUCACAGUAGAAGUUAAGAAGGAAGAAGAUGCAGAGGACUCCAUACCAUUGAAAGAUAUGGCUAAAGAAACUGCUCCACCCCAAGAUAUGCCAAAAUCACGGGAAGAAGAUUCACACACUGAGACUGACGAUGACACGCCCAUGGAGUUGAGCAGAGAAGAAGAGAAAGACGGCAAGAAGAGGAGAGAUUACUCCAGAAAGAAGAAGUCUAAUUCUAGAACGUGGUCAGGUUCGGAAAGUGCGGCCGAAGCCAGUGCCCCAGAAUCUCCGAGCGGAACCGACGCGGAGAGAGAGCACAGACUGUGGAAGAAAUCCGUCAUGCUCGUCUACAGUAGGUUAUGCGCGCACAAAUACGCUUCCCUAUUUCUUCGUCCCAUCAGCGAUGAGGAAGCCCCCGGCUAUAGUACUGUGAUCAAGAGGCCCAUGGAUCUCAGUGCGAUACGCAGGAAUAUAGAGAACGGAGUUAUCAGGACUACAGCUGAAUUCCAAAGGGACGUACUUUUAAUGCUGUCCAAUGCUCUGAUGUACAACAGCAGUGAACACAGCGUCUACACAAUGGCCAAAGAGAUGCAUGAAGAGGCUCAGUGUCAACUAGGCAUGUUAUUAGCUGCUCAAGCACACGCCGGUCUGACAGCGCCGCCGCCGAGAAGAAAAAGACGACGCCCGGACUCGCCCCUAGCUCAUACACCCAAGCGACAUUAGCCCUUAAAUUCACACGUCAUAAGGACUACAAUCCCAUUCGCAAAAUGUCAAAAAUUCUGUGAAAAACCCUCCUCACAUCUCUUUAUACACCCAAGCUACAUUAGCCCUUACGUGCAUGUGAGUAGAGGCUACAAUCCCAUGCGCAGAAUGUUAAAAUUUGUGUCAAAAAAUCCCAUAUUACGCUCAUAAACCCAAGCGGAAUUAGCCCUUAAAUACACGCUGCAUAAGUGCUACAAACCUAUGCGCAAAAUUUUAAAAUUAUUUUCUAAUAUUCGCAGAUUUGAUGUUGAUUUUAGUAACUAAGAAAUGUGUGAAGGCGUAGAAACAUGUUUUAAUGUAACAAGUAUUUCAAAUAUUUUGAAAAAGUGAUGCACAUGUCCUGCAUUUUAUCCUAAAUAGGUUUGAAUUUGUAGAAAAUAAACGACUUUGCGAACAAUUAA